AUGACACUAUUGAAUCGUCCUGACAGGGCUAUCUGUCAGGAACUUGUCAGGAACAACUUUACUCUCUCUCAGGUCCAGGCGUACAAUGAACCGGAGUACUCGGGGUGGAUGUCGCGCAGACUUCGCGUUACCAACGUUUUUGUGUGGGAAUUUAAUUGGUUUUUGACGAGCGGCAACUAUCUUCUGCGCUUUGCUCAGAAGAAGGACUCGUGCCAUCCCAUAGAAAUUAUAUAUCUACCGGAGGCGGUGGUUCGGCGUUGUUGUGUGACGGAGGACUGUUCUGUGGGGCACCCGUUUGUCCUGGAAAUUGCCCCGGGUCUACAUUUUGUUCGUCGUGAAGAAGCGUUGGUGCCUGUGAACCCACACGAAGUGCAUCUCUCUUUUGAGAACGUGGAUGAGCUGUGUGGCGCGAUUGCCUUUUUCGCAAAGAUUAGUGCAAGGCAUGUUCGGACUGCCGCCAUCACAUUUGGGCCGCCGGUUCGAGUAGACCAUCACAUUCAUACAAGUGCUACACGUGAGGGCAAUGACGUUGGCCCUCAUCUUUUUCCGUCGACAUCCCGGAAGUGGCUGCCGCAUCAGGGCAUAACAUCCUCUGCGCUGGGGGGAAAUGGGGCGACAGCAAUGGACUGUGCCAAGACGCUCCAUCAUUUUGAGUUGCAGCACGGAGUUUUGACAAAUGUUCGACCCAUUGCAGGAGAAAUAAUAUCUCAGGGAGGACACAGAAAUAGAGAAGGUCAUCCUGCUCCUAUGUCGAGCCUGGAGCCUCAGAGUAUGACACUGGAGUCAUUGCUUUCUGAUGGUGACCCAGAGGUGCUCUUUAGCGACUGGGAAAGGUUAGAUGGUGGUUCACAGGGAGAGGUUUUUAAAGCUGUGCGGACACUGGAUGGUGAAACAGUUGCAAUCAAGCGCAUCACGGUAGGCCGAGAUAAAAAAGUGCUGCCUUUCCUCGUGAAGGAGAUAUCACUGCUGAAGGCACUUCAGCAUCCCAAUAUUGUGACUCUUUAUGAUUGCUACCGAAAAGGCAGGCAUUUAUUUCUUGUCAUGGAGUUUAUGGACGGGGGCAAAUUGACGGAUUUGUUGUUUCCAUCGGAGGGGGAAAGAAUGGAAUUCACCGAAACGCAACUGGCAACGUUGAUGCGAGAGGUGCUUCAGGCUCUUCAGUGUCUCCAUGAUUUUCGCUGUGUUCACCGCGAUGUUAAGUCCGAUAACAUUCUUCUCUCCUCACGAGGUGAAGUAAAGUUGGGGGACUUUGGCUUUGCCACUUUGCUCACGCCCUCAAGAGCGAUGCGUAGAACAGUCGUUGGUACGCCAUACUGGAUGGCUCCCGAGGUCGCAGCUGGAAGGGCGUACAAUAGCAAAGCCGAUGUGUGGAGCGCGGGAAUCCUCUUUUUGGAGAUGUGCGACGGAGAACCACCGUUGAUGGGCCUUAAUCCUAUGCGAGCACUGCUUAAAAUAGGCACGGACCCACCGCCCGUUAUGAAAAAUGCAAAUCGUUGGUCGUCCCUAUGUCGAGAGUUUGCGUCUUUUCUCUUAAUAAAAGAUCCUGCGCAGCGUCCCAGUGUUGAGGCCGCGCUAAGUCAUCCUUUCAUUGUAAAAAAAGCAAAACCGAAAUGUGAGUUUCUAGUGCCGAUGUUAGAACAGCAAAAAAACAUAAGUUGA